AUGGCUACUUCCGAUUUCUCAAACCCAGAUUCGCUCGCCGUCUUAACGGCAAUGGUGAAUCAGACGCUUAUUGAAACCGGCCGAUUUUUUCGAUCAGGGGGCUCUACACAAUCUAGGGCCCAGCUCAAACGCUCCGUCCCGGUGGCCCAUGAGCAAUUCCAAAGCGCACUGGACAACUUGUCCGAGCAGAUCUUUAUCGCCAAGGCGUUUCUGGAAAGGGACUACGAGGCGAUUGCAGCCCAGAAGGCAGCACUGCAACCACCCGAAGAUGCUGUCAUGACUCAAUCAGAGACCGGACAAGAUCCCAAAACUGCGCCACAAUCUGAGACUGCAGCAGUUGACACGAAUCAAGCCCAAUCACAAUCACAACAGCGCGAGGCUGACACUGUGAAAUCACCAACUGGCAUCGAUGCCGGUCAGCAGGAUUCCGCUGAGAACCCCGUGAAAGAAGAGAAACCAGACGAAUCUGCUGUAGUGGGUCCCAAUCCGUCUCAGUCGGGGCCCACGGAGAUCAAUUUUGAUUCUGUUCUCGAUGAUACUGGCGGAGCAAACGACUUUGACCUGAACCUAGAUUUUGGAGAUGAUGACCUCGGGAACGAAAAUUUCCUGUCAGGGACUAAUCUUGGAACUACCAAUGUCGCUGGUGUUGGCGACCAGGAGAAGGGGAUUGACCUAAGAGGUAAUACGGCAGCCGAGGUGCCUGGUUUGGAGAGCAGUGCGGCCAGCAUCCCAACCGGCGGAGAUAUGUUCGAUUUAGAACUACAAAGGGCCGAAACAUUCACUACUCAUAACGGAGGCCAAGAAGGACAGCCAGCCAACCCCAAUGAGGAUAUCAUGGCCCCUGGAGAGUCUAGCUUCGAUGACCUGUUCAUGGAUAGUGAAAACUUUGGUAGUGGUGACGUCGGCGAUCCCAGCAUGCUAGAAGGCGACAGCUUGAUGAACAUGAAUGAGCUUGAUGACAGCUGGUUUACCUAG